ACACACACACACACACACACACACACACACACACACACACACACACACACGCGUGCGCGCGCUCUUUAACUAGGGGGACGGGCGAUGAGUGACAGGCCUCGCAGUAGCCGCAGAGGCGAUGUAGUCUAUCCUACUGUACACUGAUGCGAUUAAGCCACUCUGCUCUGGCUAAAAAGCGAGACGGGCUUUCUCACAGCUUUACACACUUUGAUGCGCCGUUUGGCUGAUGACAUUUCCACCCCUAAAACAAGAGGACACAUUUUGGAAGCAGCUGCAUGAGCGAGUCUCUGCUGUCGCGUGCACGACGACCGACUUAUCCAAAGCGGUGCAGGAGAGAAAAACACUUCGCCGUGAGCUCUAGUUUGAAUGAAUGAAGACAGUGUGGGAUUGAGAGAGCGCAAUGGAGAGCGAGGUUCCCAGCUGCGAGGACGUGCGGAAGAGCGGCUACCUCCGCAAGCAGAAGUCCAUGCACCGCCGUUACUUCGUGCUGCGCGCGGCCUCAGAGCGCGGUCCGGCCAGACUGGAGUACUACGAGAGCGAGAAGAAGUUCCGCGGUGGGAAAGCAGCUGCGCCCAAACGGGCCCUUGCGCUGGAGACGUGCUUCAACAUCAACAAGCGCGCCGACGCCAAGCACAAGCACAUGAUCGUGCUGUACACACGCGCUGAAAGCUUCGCCGUGGCCGCAGACAGUGAGGCGGACCAGGACGAGUGGUACCGCGCACUGCUCGAGCUUCACUGCAAGAGUAAAGCACUGUGGGAUGGAAAGUCUGGAGAUUAUGGUGUGCCAUCCCCCGGGCCUGCGUUUAAGGAGGUCUGGCAAGUUAAAGUUUGGCCGAAAGGUCUCGGGCAAGCUAAAAACCUAGUUGGUAUAUACAGGCUCUGCCUAACAGAAAAGACAGUCAACUUUGUCAAGCUCAAUUCAGACGCAGCAGCUGUAGUAUUACAGCUAAUGAAUGUCAGACGUUGUGGCCACUCUGAAAAUUUCUUCUUUGUGGAGGUUGGCAGAUCGGCAGUAACUGGACCUGGAGAGUUUUGGAUGCAGGUGGAAGAUUCAGUUGUGGCACAAAACAUGCAUGAGACUUUACUUGAAGCAAUGAAGGCCCUAAGUGAGGAGUUUCGGCAGCGCAGUAAGUCACAGUCAACUACAGCAGGUGGAGGGGGUGGUGCAACUGCAUCUAAUCCAAUUAGUGUUCCAUCUCGUCGCCACCACCCAAACCCUCCACCCAGUCAAGUGGGAUUUAUCAGAAGACCUCGUACAGAGCCACCAGGAGCUACUGGAGGAGGUGGCACAAGCAACAAUGCCUCCCCUACACCGCGGCAUGGAUUGUCAAGAGCUUGUAACUCCAGUGAUGGAGCAAAAGUAGAGGAAGGCAUGAAUGCAGAGACAAAGUGUGUUAAUUCCAGUUCAAGUCCAACUACAAAUGGAUCCUGUACUAGCACACCAAUUCUCAGGUCUACAUCUGUCCGUGCUCCUAUACCAGUCAAAGCACAGCAUGCUCUGAUGAGGUCCAUCUCGACUCCAGUCUCUUCACCUGCUCAAAACCUCUCCUCAUACUCAGGCAAUGUGUCUGAAUUUGUGGGCACAGGUCCUGGAACCACUGCAGCUGGCGGAACUGGAAAUGGAAGCACUUACAAACGAAUGCCUCUCCGCCAGCCCUCGGUUUCUGGUUCACUCAGUGACUAUGGUUCUUCAGAUGAAUAUGGUUCCAGCCCAGGUGAGAAUUCUUUGCUGACAACAAGUAUUCAGGCAGGUUCUGUAGGUAGCUCAGGUGGAGAUGAAGCUGCCAACUAUAUCAUUAUGGCACAGAAAGGGGCAUCCAAUUCAUUGCCACAUGACAACUCUUUGCCUCAGACUAGAAGGGUGUUGCGCCGUUUUUCGGGUCGUGAAUGUGACACUGAACGUAGGAUGGUCAGUAAAAGGGCGUCUCUGCCACCCAUGGCUCUUGAGAGACUUGGAACGUAUCGCAAAGGAGGAGAUGUAGAGAAUGAGAAAGACAACUAUGCUGUAAUGUCUUGCAAUACCAGCCGUGAGUCUUUCAGCUCACGCCAGGAUUCAGAAUCUCUGGGUGGGACCAGAUACCUCGAUCUAGCCGCUGAGCCCAAAGUUGAAGCAGGAAUCUGUGGUUCAGAUGGAUUGACAAUUACUGGUAAUGGUAAUGUAGGUGGUGACAAUGGAUACAUGUCCAUGUUGCCAGGAGUAACAGCUCCACCAGUGUCCCUCUCUCACUCGCUAUCUGUAGCAGUAUCAGACUCUAAAUCUGCAGAUGACUAUAUGGCUAUGACUCCCAACAAUAGUGUCUCACUUCCUCAGCAGAUCCACCUUCCUAAUUCUACCACAGAUGGCUAUAUGAUGAUGUCACCAAAUAGCAGCUGUUCUCCUGACCAGCGUUUGGUAUCAGGAGCCUCGCUUGGCAGGAACAGCACAGAUAGUAGGACUGGGAGCGAUUAUAUGAACAUGUCACCUAUCAGUGUUCGUGCCAACAGCACUCCAUCUCCUCAAGGGUCUCUUACAGCAUCUGAAAAACAUCCUCAGCAACCUCCUCCCAAAAUGGUAUAUUCUUACUAUUCCCUACCCCGUUCUUAUAAACACAGCAGCACUAAACAUUUUGAGGAUGGUUUAGGGAGAGGAAAAAGCCUAGGUAGUGAACGUGGAAAUGGUGGUGGUCAAGGUCUUGGCAGUUGUAGAGGCAUGUCUUAUUACCAAGAAUCUGGAGUUGGAAGGCACUUGUCUUUUUCCUCUUCAUCAUAUUCAUCCAGCUCAGCUAGUAGUGAAAGUCUGGGGGAGGGUGAAGAAAAGCUCAGUCAGGUGAGAAAGACAGCUACAGGAGCUCAAGUAAAGGAUAGCGGGGCUCUGCCACAAGGACUGGGGUUUGGGGCAGCUAAACAGAGUCAGAGGAAUCGUCCUUUAAGUUUGUUUGUUGAUGUCUCGAAAGCCAAUACCUUACCUAGGGUCCGUGAGACACCAGUCCCAUCAGAACCAAAAAGUCCUGGUGAAUAUGUCAGUAUAGAGUUCAAGAGUGACAGAAGCAAAAAAGAUCCUGUUAGAGGACCUAAGCAGGGUGGUUCCAUUCCUGCCAGCUCAUGGCACCCCUUGUCUAGGCCUACUUCUUGUGUUGCUGGGUUCCUACCACAUUCCUGCAGCCCCUCAUCUGCUGUCCCUUCAUCUGUUGCUUCAGAAUAUGUCAACAUGGAGCUGGGAGCCUCUCCUUCACCAUCAUCUUUCUCCCUAACGCCCCUGGAUUUCCCUUCCUUUCCCACUCCUCCAACUCCACCUACAUUAGCACCAAAAGCUUGGGAUGAACAGAGAUCAACACCACAAAAUGAAGAAGAGGCUGAGGUGGAAAUGGCACAUAGUGGGCAUCAGCAUCUGUCAGACUCUCAGUCACUUGACUCUCCCAUACCAUGUGCAGACUACACAGAAAUGGUCUUUGGUUUAAGCUCAGACACAACCAACAACUCCACGACACCUAAAGAAUCACUGCUGGACAGACAAGAAUCCAUGGUUCCCACACUAAGCCUGGGCCUUAAUUUAGAUUUUCCAAUUCCCAAAGCUCCAAAUCCAGAUCACGGUGCUAAGGUAAUAAGGGCAGACCCUCAAGCACGGCGGCGCCACUGUUCUGAAACUUUCCUGGCCCCUUCUUCAUUGUCCUCAUGCCCCGUAAGUUCCUCCUCUUCUAUGUGCAUGAUCAGUGACCACACUCAAAAUGUAGCACGCCGGCUUGGUUUAGACGGCAUUUUGAGUGGCAGUGGAAACUUGUUAGAAAUCCCAAAUCACCAUGAAAACCACGGAAUAACUAACAUAAACUCUAUCCAGACCUCAUCUACAGAGCAAGGGCUCAACUACAUAGACCUAGAUUUGGCUACAAGAGACAGCUCACAUCUCGUUGUUGAUGUUCAGACUGCUAGCCAAACAGCAGCACGGCUCUUUUCAUCUGUUUUGGGUAGUGGAGCAUCUGGAGGUGCUGGAGGAGCAGGAGGUCUGAGUAGCAAUGCUUCAAAUCUCAACACAUAUGCUAGCAUAGACUUCUACAAGUCAGAGGAGCUACGUUCACACCAAGGCAGCAACAGCAGCAAAGACAGUACAGAAUGUUGAAGUAAUACCCUGGUCCUCUGGAAUACUGAGGAAUGAAGUCUGAGAGUUUUCCUGAACACAAAGAGUGUGACAGUUUGACUGUUAGAAAACAAAUGGAGAGGUGUGUGUGUUUGUGUGUGUGUGUGUGUGUGUGUGUGUGUGUGUGUGUGUGUGUGUGUGUGUGUGUGUGUGUGUGUGUGUGUGUGUGUGUGUGUGUGUGCGCACACAAGGUUCAGCCGCCUCUUUGGCACUUUGAAAAAAGACUGAUAAACCAUUUUGUCUGUUUUUAGUUUAAUAUGUUGCAGCAUCCAGUAAGAGUGAAUGCCAAAAGAACUCUCCAUGCUGCCCAGAUUGGUUUUGUAACAAAUAAAAAUCACAGCCAAUCAAAAGACAGCAUGAAAAACGCCUGCCGAGCGAGAGCCAAUGAGGUCCAGCAGUCAGGCGCGUGAACAGUUUGCCAAAAGGAUUCAGUCAAACAAUGGAGGAACUUGAGGAUCACAAAUCUUGAAUUAUGAAUAGCUUGAAAAAAGUGCCUAUUGUUUUACUUGUCAUUAUUUGAGAGCAGCCUUAUAGCUUGAUUUUGAAGAACUGCUGGGAAGGAAAAAGAUGUGUGAAUUGUUCUGAUGAUGGUGAUGCUCUAAGACUCUGUGCUGUCAUGUUUAGUUAAUUAGUGUAGCAGCUUUAUUAUAAGUCUCAGUACCCUGGACUGUCACACUGCUGACUGUCUCUGUCCAUUUCUUCUUUUUCUCUCACCUCUCACAGUUUCCUAAUUCGUCUCUAUUUUUGCUUCAUUCUUUGACAUAGUUUCAUUUUUUUUCAGUGUCUCUUUUUAUCUCUUGUCUUUUUAUGUGAUUUAAAUGUCCCAACUAUGCAGUAGUACUUUAGUGCCUAUCUGUAAUUCUACACCUCCUUCACGUUCUCCUUACGGUAGCAUGUAUCCCAGUGUGCUAUUUUUAUCUGUCUCUUAAGGUGGACUGUUUCUCCAUGAUGGUACCUGCUGUUACUUACCUCAUGCCAAACAUGCUAGCUAAUCCAGUCCAUGGUGGACUGUACAAAUUUUGUUUCAAAUAGGAAUGUGAAAGACAUAAUCGAUUUUAAGAGUUCUGUGAAUGACACCCUUUUUCACAGAAUUCAGACUCUCAAUAUUUUUCUGGUUAAAUGAAAAUAAGGAUCAGUGACUUGCCAUCAGUGUAAAAGGUAAAAUUCAUGUGUAGCAAUUUAAUACCAGCCACUAUGUUGGUUGAUAUGAUCAAAGGCAAAAGCUGCCAAAGUUAGAGUUUAACGAACUCUGCAUAUAGUUCUCAAAUGUCAUGGUUCAUUUUCUAAUGCUUUUCUAUUUUCGUUCUCUGGCAUUAUUCUUACUUUAAUUCCGCUUCAAAUGAUGGUUCACUGGCUUCUGAAGAUCAUUUUCAGUUUCACAAUAUUUAUGUGUAGAGAGAAGGCUGUUGUUGAACAAUGACCUGCCUCGAAAGACUUUUUAAAGGCGCAGCUACAAUCUGAUCGUCAUCACAAACAGAAUACACCUAAAAUGCCUAAUAAACCAUGCUGGUAUGCAGAUACACUACACAUAAGGAUGCUGUUUUCUAAAAUCUGUUCCAGCGUAUUGCCAUAUUCCUGCCUGUUCCUUAAGAUGUCUUACAGAGACAAACUGUGAAUGCCAAAGCGUUAGAGAUGUCCUGGCCUGAUAUCGAGUAGCAGUUCCCUGAAGAACACAGAAACCUUUUUUGUAGCCAAGGACCCUUUUAACCUCAGCACCAGUUUAUUAUUAUGAACUAGUUAAAUAUAAGACUCAUUUAAAUGUGUACAAUACUCUGUCUGUUUUUUGCAGAGCUGUUUCUUAUUAUUGAACGUUCCAAGAAGCCGUUCCACAAAACGCAUAAGCUGCAAUUGACUUUAUUUAUAGGUUGAUGUGGUUUUGAAUUAGAAAGGAUUGAUUUAAACUCAUUCAGUUCUGCUCACCAGCCAAUUAUACUAAUACCAUAAUAAAAACAAUAUACUCAGUAAUGUGUCCCUGGUGGUCCAGAGGCAGGCUCCCGUGCUCUCACUACCAUUGCCCAGGCUUGAUUCCCGGGCAGAGCACCAACCCAGCCAAUGAGGGGUUAACUCUCCGUGCUGGUCCCAGGCCUGGAUAAAGGAGGGUUGCGUCAGGAAGGGCAUCUGGUACAAAACCUGUGCCAAAAUCAAAUAUGCAGAUCGGAUGAUGGUGCCUCGAACAGAGAGCAGCUAAAAGACAACUCAUUACUCAAUAAUAGUAAGACCGCAUUUUGAGAACGACUGCAGUGAAGUACACUGUUACGGUACCUCUGAUGUUUCUCAUAACUUGUCAAAGUGAACUGGCCUGGAUAUUAAACAGGGAGCAAUGUCAGAUGAGGUUUAAACAUAGUUUAUGUAAACUAAGAACUUUUAUAUUCAGUAUUUGUAUACCAAAUUUAAACAUUGUGAUUGGGACAUCAAAAAUAAUUUUAAUAAACUGAAGUCUUUUAAUGAGGCCAGGUAUGGGACAACAAACAUCCUCUCUCUCUCUCUCUCUCUCUCUCUCUCUCUCUCUCUCGCCUUCUCUCUCUGUCUUGCUCUCUCUUUCACUCGCUGAUUAUGCAGCAAAAUCAUACAAUAUACAUUAUUGUAUAUUGAGAGUGAUAAAGAUGAUAGUUUUGCUACAUCAUAAUGUAAAAUAUUUUUUGUAUAUAUUUUUCUGGAGCAUUCCCACAGUUUGUUUUGCUGCUGGUUCUUCUAGCUUUUGUGGGCUUGGGAGUAGAACUUACCACCAGGGUAAAUGUUGAUCUUAUGUGCUAGAAUGAGUGGAUUAGAGUCACUCAUAUCAUAUUGCAGUGUGAACUGCCUAUUUGUGUUCUUGAUUCUCUGUGCAAGAAAUUAUUAAAAAAAAAAAAAGUGUAUACCAUUGAACUGUCGAGAAUGGGGAUUUAUUGUGGUCCACACGCUGGUGGUUUCAAACAUGCUGCAAAAUAUGACAUCUAAGUGAGUGAUAAUAUAUUAAAUGUAAUCGAAUGUAUCUAAGAUGACAGUAAAGCUCAUUUAGAAUUAUUAAGUUUAUUUCUGUGCAAAUGUACUAUUUUACUAAUCGUUGUUCUAUUGGGAGAUUGUUUGAUUCCUUCUAUAAAAUAAUGCUUAAACAUGAGCAAAAUUCUCUGCCAAUAGAAUAAGAAAAAUAUACCUAGUAAUAGGCUUAAUAAUGUUAUUGUAACCUUCUAAUAAGAAUCAAUAGAUGAUUAUAUCGAUUAUAUUCAAUAAUGUUUUAACUUGCCUUCAUUUUUUAAUGAAAUUGGAGUUGGGUUUAAGUCAGUAUGAUGGUAUCAAUAUCGAUAUCCUGUUAUUUAAAGCGAUGCUGUGUGACUGGUUUGCCUGUAGCUAAAUAUUCUGAUUUAUGUACCAUAUUACCCAUCUGCCCCUGGGAUAGCACUGAACUGAAAUUAGCAAGUAAGUUAAAAAUAAAUAAAUACUCACAGCAACAUUUAUAGAAACACAUAGUAUGUAGUUUAGAAUGUCGUUUUUGUGCUUGCUGAAGCAACUGGAAAAAUAGGUCUAGGUCUUUAAAUCACAAAAUGUAGUGGGAUUAUAAUUUAAAGAUUUUAUCUUUUAUCACAUUUUUCUCCCUUUAUCUUCUACCUACUGCCCUAUUUCAUUUUCUCUCUGUACAAAACUGAUGACAAGUGCAUCUAUAUCUGUAUAAACACAAAGCAUUCAUUAUGUGCUGUGAGUGUGUGUGUGUGAGAGAGUGAGAGAGAGAGAGAGAGAGAGAGAGAGAGAGAGAGAGAGAGAGAGAGAGAGAGAGAGAGCAGAGUGUAAUGUGCCAGAUGGCAUUCUAUCAACAGAAAAGUAAGUGUUUGUGGUGGUAACAGUAUCUCAGGUGAGCUGCACACUGAAUGACAAGCAAUCAUGCACUUGUCACAUGGACCUGUGUUUACACUGACCACCUUCUUCCUCAUACUGGGUUUCCAAUGUGGUUCACUCUUUUUUUGCAGUCUGUUUCUAAGAAUGUAAGGUUUAAACAAUACCAUUAGGUCUAACCUCCCAACAACAGAGUAAGUAGCUUUUGGGAAAAUUAGAAGAACGUAUACAUAAACCAGCAUUUCCAAGUCAACCAGUCAUUUCCUCAAAAACAGUACCUUGUAACACAACACACCAAAUUACAGCAGCAGCAAACAGACAAUCAAACAGCUGACCCAGGUGUAUUUUUACACAUCUACACAGGAGAAUAUAAGCAUGGAUCUGAAGGGAUUCUGUCUCUGACCUGAUUACACAUAUACUGGCAUCUUUAUUUCUGGUUUCUCUUCUUCAAGGUGCCUUACAGGCUGAGGCUUCUCUAUGGAAGAAGGUGGUGAGUAUGACACUGAGGGAGUGUGGUUAAGCUGUUAGUCUACUGCUUAAAGGUUGUGAGUUCAAAUCCCAGGACCAUCAAAAGCUGCUGCAGCUGAACCCUUGAGCAGGUCCUUAAACCUCACCUGUUCAGUUGUAAAACUGAAAUAAAUGUAAGUUGCCCUGAGUAAGGCUGUGAAUGUCAAUAUUGGUCUUACAUCCAAUGCACAGAAAGUAACUUGAGAGGAUCAUUUUGCAAAAUAUCAGGAUGAAACAGUAAUAAUGUUUUUUCAAGAUCCUGACUCACUGAAGAACACACCGAAGACACAAACACCAGCGUUGUCCUGUAGGUGAUCAAUUACACAAUUCAACAAACACCCUUAAAAUAUUUGCUCAAGUAUAGAAGUACAUGGGUUAAAUUUCCUUAAAAUAUAAAAGUUAAAGUACAAGAGAAGAUCUCGCCUCACUUACCACUGACAAUUAUUAAUAAUGAAUUUUACCUACAAAAAAAAACAAACAAAAAAAAAAACAAGGAACACAGGGAAAAUAUUAACUUCAUUUUAAUCUCCAGCUCCAGUGUUACUCAAUAUUAAUUCUGAUAAGUAGUUAAUAUGUAAACUAGCUUGUGUACUAAUAAUGAGCUGAUAUAUACUGGCUACAUAUAAAACAAGAGCCAAGGAUACAUAAAUACAUAAAUAUUUAUUGCAAUAGAUAUUAGAUGUUACUUAUUUUUGUGUUUUAUACAGCUUCAAAAUAAGACAUGACAAUAGAGUUGUUAGGAUUGUGGCUUUUUAUUUUUCUUUAUAUCAAUACUAUUUUUUUCGGUUAUUUAUCCCCUUAUUUCCCGAGACAAAAAAAGUGCACAAAAAAGUUAGAAAUGUAAAGAAACCACUAGAGUAGCAAAAGUCACUGUAUGCCUUCCAGAUGUUAUGUAGAUUACAUUUAAAUGAUAGAUUGUUAGUGAAUAUAAAGUGUGUUUUGUCUCUUGAAAGUUAACUAAUAAGUGCUAUUUUUAAAGGAAGAAAAUGUAUAUUAUUCUGCUGUCUCUAUUUCUAGCCAUUUAAUUUUCCACUUUUUGGGAGUUUCUAUCUAUAUGAAUAUCAUACAAACAACAACCACAAAACCGAUUACACAAGAGUCCAGUUUUCAUCUGGAAACAGUAAAACUUUAUUUUAUUUUAUUCUUGAGGAUUAGAGAUUGUUUGAAACAGGAAAAAAACAGAAUCUACACUUUGUUUAUCGAUUCCAGCGCUUGCAAAUCUAAUUUUUUCCCAACAAUUCUUGGCUGUCUGUAUACGCUUACUAAAGUUUCUGCAUUUCAGCUUAUCCACUGACAUAAAGGGACAGGGUGAGCAAAAAUGCUGCAGUCCAGCCUGAGACCCAGUGCAGAUGUACAAGUUCCAUUAACAUAAAGUUAAAUAUUAAAGUUUAAUGCUGUUGUUAUCCAUCAUAAAAAAAAUCACAGCCCUCAUUUCCAGCCAUGCAACAGCACACUCUUAGGACUAACUGUACUUCAGGAAAUCUUCCUGUUUUAUUGCUUCCGUCUUGGCUUUGGCAGACAGGAAGGUUACUGUGUAUUUGCCUGCCGGUUUAUGUGUGUAGGCUGGAAAGAGCCCAGAAAAUAGAUUUGUCUGUAUUAAAGAGUAGUCUAAAUCAGCA